CUGUUUGAAAAACUGUCAGCAAAAUACCAAUAUGAAGAAAUUGAAAGAAAAAUAAAACCUGGGCAACUCUAUGAGUUCACUGCGUCUAUUACUUUAAUCCUAGAUGGCAGUAAAAGCAUUAUUGUGGAUACUGGACUAGGUACAGAAUCAGACAUACGAAAAUUGAUAAAACGAGGAUGUCUCCAAUUAAACAAAUUUGGUAUUAAACCGUCCGACGUAUCCUACGUUGUGACUACACACGGGCAUCCCGAUCACUCUGGUAAUACUAAUGAUUUUGUGAAAGCCACUCACUACACUAGCGUUUUUCAGCAUCAAAAUAAUCGCUUUAAACUGUCCGCUCUUUUUGAAGUAAUGCUAACCACCAAUGUUUAUCUGCAGAAGACGCCUGGUCACACUCCUGAAGAUAUUUCAGUGAUUGUUAAAAAUACAAAAGACUAUAACACUGUAUUCAUUUCAGGCGACGUUUUCAUGAGAAAGGAGGAUGUCACUUAUCCAAUGAUGUGGAAGCCACUGUCAAACAAUGUUACAGAGCAAACCGAAUCCCGAAGAAAGUUGCUAUGUCUAGCAAAUUCAAUAGUGCCUGGACACGGACCGAUGUUUACUGUUACUGAGGAAAUGAGAAUAAAAGCUGGCUGCGGCAAGUAA